ACCUGUGCUCCGAGGCCAAGUGCUGAAGGUCCCUCCAGUCUUUCUAACCUCUCCCCAAGAGUGGACUGCUCCGGCCUUGGACUUAGGGGAAUUCCAGCCAACCUCAGUGUCUUCACUUCUUACCUGUAUUUGGAUGCCAACCAAAUCAAUUACAUCCCACCUAACUGCUUUAACAGCCUGCUCUCCUUGAGACACUUGUGGCUAGAUGACAACUCUUUGACAGAAAUUCCUGUCUAGGCUUUUAAAAGUUUAUCAGCAUUACAGACCAUGAUUUUAGCGCUAAACAAAAUACACUACAUACCAGACUAUGCCUUUGGAAAACUCUCCAGUUUGGUAGUACUACAUCUCCAUAACAAUAAGAUCUACUCCCUGGGAAAAAAAUGCUUUGAUGGGCUCCACAGACUAGAGACUUUAGAUUUGAAUUACAACAAUUUAAAUGCGUUCCCCACUGCAAUCAGGACACUCUCAAGUCUCAAAGAAUCAGGACAAAUGACAUUACAAGGUGAUGAUCUAUCAUCCAACUUUCUGUCGUCUUUUCCUGUGAUGGGGUUACAUGGUUUAACUCACUUAAAAUUAACAGGAAACCAUGCCUUGCAGAGUCUAAUAUCAUCUGAAAACUUUCCAGAACUCAAGCUGUUGGAAAUGCCUUAUGCUUAUCAAUGCUGUGCAUCUGGAACUUGUGAAAACCUUCACAAAAUUUCUAAUCAGUGGAAUAAAGGUGACAACAUCAGUGUUGAUCAAUUUCACAAGAAAGAUGUUGCAAUGUUGCAUUUCCAAGAUAAAAGUGAUUUAGAGGAUUUCCUUUUUGACUUUGAAGAAGACACAUAAGUCCAUCAUUUAGAACAAUGUUCACCACCUCCAGGGUCCUUCAAACCAUGUGAAUAUCUAUUUGGCAGCUGGUUAGUCAGACUUGGAGUAUGGACUAUUGCAUUUUUUACUUUUGUUUGCAGUGCUUUGGUGACCUCAACAAUCUUCAAAUCUCCAUUGUAUAUUUCCUCUAUAAAACUUUUAAUUGGAUUGAUAGCAAUGGUAAACAUCCUAAUGGGUGUCUCCAGUGGUAUUUUGGCUAGUGUUGAUGAAUUAACUUUUGGCAGCUUUGCUCAAUAUGGAGCAUGGUGGGAGAAUGGAAUAGUUUAAAUUACUGGUUUUCUGUCUAUUUUUGCUUCAGAGAUCACUCUGGCAGCCCUUGAACUUGGGCUCUCUGUAAAAUGCUCUGCAAAAUUUGAAACCAAAGUAUCUUUUUCCAGCCUAAAAGCAAUAAUUCUGCUUUGCUUUCAUUUGGCCCUGAUCAUUGCUACAGUUUCUCUGCUCAGUGGCAGUGAAUAUAGGGAAUCUUCUCUCUGCUUGCCCCUGGCUUUUGGAGAAUCCAGUACUACCAGUUUUAUGGUAGUUCUGGUCUUGCUGAAUUUCCUUUGUUUACUUGUGAUGACCAUCACCUAUACUAAGCUCUACUGCAGUUUGGAAAAGGGAAAAUUAGAAAAUAUUUGGGACUGUAUAAUGGUGAAGCAUGUGGCUCUAUUACUCUUCACCAAUUGCAUCCUUUAUUGCCCUGUGACUUUUUUGUCCUUUUCCUCUCUGCUCAACCUCACAUUCAUCAGUACUGAAGUGAUUAAAUUUAUUCGCUUGAUGAUUGUCCCUCUCCCAAAAUCCACCUGUAAACUCACUGACAUUGGGAAUCAAAAAUGA